AGUUAUGUUUCCCCCAACACAGUCUUUUUCUAAGCACCAUUCUACACAUUCUUCUCCCUUCACUUCAUUCCCUCUAUUCAUCAUAUCUUCACUCACACACAUUCUCAGCAAAAAUCAUCCUUAGCCAUUCCUGUGCCAGGACUUUGGAAAGUGUUUGAUGGAUGCAAUGGAGAAGUAUUAUAGCCAGAGAGAGACAAUGGCAGUGGCAGUGGCAGUGGCAGAGGAAGAAGCGUUUGAUUUGCCACCAGGGUUCAGGUUCCACCCCACAGAUGAAGAACUCAUCACCCAUUACCUCUCGCAGAAGGUUCUUGACAACUGCUUCUGCUCUAGGGCCAUUGGAGAGGCUGAUUUGAACAAGUGUGAGCCAUGGGAUUUGCCUUGUAUGGCGAAAAUGGGUGAAAAGGAGUGGUAUUUUUUCUCUGUGAGGGACAGAAAAUACCCAACUGGGCAAAGGACUAAUAGAGCCACUGGUGCUGGUUACUGGAAGGCCACGGGCAAAGACAAAGAGAUAUACAAGGCAAAGACGCUUAUUGGGAUGAAGAAAACUCUGGUUUUCUACAAAGGAAGAGCUCCGAGUGGUGAAAAAACCAACUGGGUCAUGCAUGAAUACAGAUUAGAAGAUGAUCAUUCUAUGCACAAUCCACACAAAAAGGCCAUGAAUGAUUGGGCCAUCUGCAGGAUUUUUGAGAAGACAAACUGUGGGAAGAAAAUGCAGAUUUCUGGUUUGGUUCGGUUCGGUUCGUUCGGGAAGGACAUGCCUUCACUGAUGGAUUCUUCUCCAUUCAACAGCAGUGAAGCAAAAGCUGUUUUGGGGGAAUCAUCAUCACAUGAUGAAAACAUGGUUGAAAGCUUAGAAACUCUGAUGAUGGCUUCUUCAUCUUCAUAUUCUUCAAACCCCUUUGAUGUUUCCCCUGCCUCUUGGGGUGUGCCCCACCAAUCACACUGCUCAAACCAUUUCAUGGAUGAGGAACAGUCCAUGGUGGGGAUGGUGAUGGAAAACCAUGGAUCAAGAACUCAUAAAGACUUUGAUGCUGACAUGUCCUCUCUCAUGUACAAUGAUGAAAUGUUUCACAGAUCAUUGGGGAACCAGGAAUAUUCAUCACCUUCUUUAGGACAUGUGUAUACUAGUGGCCUAUGGGGAUUCUAAAUAAAGUUCAAACUAUAUGCAGUUAAUUUAGGGUAAUAUAUAGUAAUGGAUGUUGUAAUCAUCAAAGAAACUCAGGGAUUAGUGUUCUUAUUUAUUACUAUUAUUAUACAUGUACAUUAAUUAAAUUAAGUUAAUGUUUAGUACA